CACAGUGAGAGAGGGAAAGAAGACGUGGUGGGGAGGAAAGCGUGGGCAAAAGCAGAGGUAAAAAGGAGAGGAGGACAAUAUACCAUCUGAAACGGACUCCGUCGGGUUUUUUCUUUAGUCAUGAAUUCUUCAACGGUAACGACGAUGCUCCCUAGUACCUGCACUUCCAAGAAUGAGACUAUUGUAAGUCAUCCAGCAGCCACAAGCAUGGGCGCGCUCAUCCUCAGCGCUGUGUUUCUGGUGGGAUUCCCCGGAAAUCUCUUUGUCAUUUGGAGCAUCCUGGCACGAGCCCGAAAGCAAUCUGUCACCACCCUCCUCAUCCUCAACCUAGCUAUCGCCGAUGGCUUCCUGAUGGUUCUUACCCCGUUCUUCAUCACCUACCUGGUCAAGAUGGACUGGACUAUGGGGAACGUGAUGUGUAAAAUCCUCUUCUAUCUCUGUUUGGCCAACAUGUAUGCCUCCAUCUACCUGAUCAUGCUGAUGAGCCUUUACAGGCUGGUGUCGGUGGUGUGGCCCAACCGCAUCAGCGUUAUCACCGGCAAGAGGACUGUCAUGCGAGUGCUGGGAGUAGUGUGGCUGCUCGUGAUUAUUGCUUCUAUUCCUGCGCUGAUCUUUCGAGAAGUGAAGCCUAAAGGAAAGGGUGCAGGCUCAGUCUGCGAUUCAUUCCAUGACGAGGAUAGAGAAAUUAUUAUACAGUACACACUGGAGGUUGUUUUUGGCUUCCUGAUACCUUACGGAGUCAUUGUAGUCAGCUACAUUUGCAUCCUGCGACGGAUCCGGCAGACGAAGUUCCGCCGUCACAUCCGCAGUGAACACCUCAUCCUCGCCAUCGUGCUGACCUUCUGCCUGUUUUGGUUGCCGUACCACAUUAUCAACAUGGUGCAAGUUUCAUCGACGUUGUUUAAAAAAUGUACAACGAAACGAACAUUGUUGGAUACAAUAUGGCAACGGAGUCGUGCCGUUACCUCCACCAUCGCCUUCAUCAGCAGCUGUGCCAACCCGGUGCUCUACUUCUUCGCAGGAAAGUCCUACAUCCGACGGGAGGGGCUUGCGUUCAUGGCUCGCUUGUUCGAGGGCACAGGUUUUGACUCAACCAGAAAAAGCCAGAUGAACAGCCAGAACAGCCGAGACAAAGACAAAGACGCAGAAGUUGUGCUGAAAGACAAAGAUGCCGACUCCUCCACAAACUCGACGUCUAAUGUUAAAUCAGCAAAAAAUGGAAAAUAGAGGAGGAACCCCACUGGUCUUUGAGACUCCCCUCCGUCCAGUCGAGAAGAUAGUUAUUUCACAAAGACUUAAUAUUCAAUAACAUUUGACUGAGAUUCACAGCUGAAAAGCUCAAAAUCACAUCCGCUUGAUACUCUUGGAUACACUUGCAGACAAAGGCAUGACCUUGGAAUAUAAAACAAACUGUGGAAUAUAAUCCAGGAUGCUUAGACUUCCUCUAAGAAGAAGUUAGUCCAAUUCAUUCAGCAUCCACGUGUCAAACUUUACCCUUGCUAAGUAAUAAAAUUGUUUGAGGGCAAAUCCCAAGUAAUUACAAUUGUGACUUGUGGAAUUGUCACAAAUAUUGUCAUUACUAUAAAUAGAGAGAUGAUCAGGUAUUGCCUUGCAUGCUUUUAUGUAUAAUACAUGCUGUUUUAUUGCUCACUGGUGUCUUUUCCCUGGGAUUUCCUUUUUGUCUUUUUCUCCUCUUUGUAUGGUUACAUUUGUAUGCUUUAUUGAAACAGACAUUUAUUUUUAAAGCACAAAAUGCUGUAUUUUUUUUUAAGAAUUGUGUAUAGAACAAAGUCAUUGUGUGUUUUAUAGAGUCCGAACAAUAAUCCAUAUUAAAAGAGAAUAUACGUCACAUCAUC